UUGCAGGGACUUGAUACGUUCAUUAUCAAUCAUUAUCCAUGGUGAGUCAUGUGAAAAGGAAAAUACCAAAUAUUUGAAAGGGAUUUUUUGAAAUUAGAGGCAAGAAAAUAUUUCCUGCUCACACGACAAACCGCACGAAGCUUCCUUCCUAGAAGUCUACCUUACCUGAGAAGUGGAAAAUGUAGAAGGCCUAUAUAAACCUGCCCUACUGUACUUGAGAUACACAGAAAUCCAAUACUAUGGAAGGACGACAUGCAUUUUUCCCUACAAACCUCUGCCUAUCCAUUUUUCUCAUUAUAGUGCUUCCUGCACUUACCCAUGGCUUGGGAACUGAUCAAGCCAGUUCGCUCAUGGCCUUGCGGAGGUUGAAAGUGGACUCUCGAGGCAUAGCACCAGAUGAGAAAUGGACAGAAAUGAGUGUUAAUGGUUCUGAGAGAAUGGUUUCUGAUGUAGGAAAUAUGGAAUAUGAUAUGAUAAAAGGUGGACUUCCUGGACAGCCAUUAGGGGUUACAUUUAAGCAAUAUGCAGGAUAUGUUAAUGUCGAUGAGAAGAAAGGGAGAAGCCUUUUCUAUUACUUUGCAGAGGCUGCUGAGGAUCCUUCUUCUAAACCACUUAUUUUGUGGCUCAAUGGAGGACCUGGUUGUUCAUCACUUGGAAUGGGAGCAAUGACUGAACUUGGACCUUUUGGGGUCAAUCCUGAUGGUAAAACACUUUAUAAAAGAAAAUUUGCAUGGAAUGAAGUUGCAAAUACAUUGUUUCUGGAGUCGCCUGCAGGCGUUGGAUUCUCUUACUCGAACACGACCUCAGACUAUGACCAAUCAGGAGACAGAAGAACCGCUGAGGACGCGUAUACAUUUUUGAUAAACUGGUUCAAGAGGUUCCCUCAUUACAGAACAAGGGAAUUCUAUAUAACCGGAGAGAGCUAUGCAGGUUACUAUAUUCCCGAGUUAGCAGAUGUAAUUGUCAGCAGAAACAAGAAGGCACACUCAACUUCAAAAAUCCUUCUUAAGGGCAUCAUGAUUGGAAACGGGAUAAUGAAUGUUGCUACAGACACGAAAGGCAUGAUUGAUUUUUUUUGGAGCCACGCAUUAAUUUCAGACGAAACGUAUCAAGGGCUUACAGGGCACUGCAAGGCAGGAAGCUCAAAAUGUGGAAGUUUAGAUGCAGCAGAAAUUGGAUCAAUAGACUUUUACAAUAUAUAUGCCCCCUUAUGCCCGUCUUCGUUCAAACUGUCAAAUACGGCGAGAAAACAUGUAGGAUAUGAUCCUUGUGAAUCAGAAUAUGUUUACAGCUAUCUUAAUCUUCCUCAAGUACAGAAAGCCCUUCAUGCAAACAGAACAAAACUGUCCUACAAUUGGCAACUUUGCAGUGUUGUGAUCAAUUCCUGGAAGGACAGCCCAUCAACAAUGUUUCCAAUAUAUAAGAGGCUUAUGGCCUCGGGUCUAAGGAUACUUCUUUACAGUGGCGAUGUGGAUGCAGUUGUUCCGGUGACUGGUACACGAUAUUCCAUUGGUGCUAUGAACCUUAAAGUGAUCAAACCUUGGCGUCCUUGGUUGGAUGAAACCGAUGAAGUGGGUGGAUACCAAGUAGUUUAUGAUGGUUUAACUUUUGCAACAGUUCGUGGCGCUGGUCAUCAGGUUCCACAAUUUCAGCCCCAGAGAGCUUUCACUUUACUGAAAGUAUAUCUUGCAGAUCUUUUUAACAGCCAUAAUUCGCUGUUUUCAAGAAUUGUUACCAAUACAAAUAUCAUAAUACAGCAGAAGUGGCGAGAAAAACAGGUCCGAGGAAUUGAAAGAAUGCUAACUGCACUUGUUUUGUUUAUUUCUUUUUCGUGCCUUCUGGCCUCGAUACAAUGCUAUGGUGGGAGAGGAUUCGACCCCCUACGGAAACUUAUCACGGAUCAACGGUUCAAAAGAUCAGUUGAUUAUCUGAACGAGGAGGCUGCAACUCAUUAUUUGCCAGUUUAUGUAGGAUCUCAGGAGGGCCUAAAGGAUGCUGACAGGGUAUUAAUGUUGCCGGGGCAACCAAAUGGAAUAAAUUUUUCUCAGUAUUCAGGUUAUGUUACUGUUGAUUUAAAGGCUGGCCGGGCACUUUUCUAUUAUUUUGUUGAGUCUGAAGAGCCUUUGACUAGGCCUCUAGUCCUGUGGUUAAAUGGAGGACCUGCCUGCUCGUCUUUAGGAGCUGGAGCAAUGACAGAACUUGGACCAUUUCGAGUCAAUAACGAUAAUAAAACUCUAUCGUAUAACAAAUACGCGUGGAAUAAUGUGGCAAAUGUUCUCUUCUUGGAGUCGCCGGCUGGUGUUGGAUUUUCAUACUCGAAUACGUCCUCAGAUUAUGUUACUGGAGACAAACAAACUGCAGCAGAUUCUUAUACCUUUCUACUAAACUGGUUGGAAAGAUUUCCAGAGUACAAAGCCAGAGAUUUCUUCAUAGUUGGAGAGAGUUAUGCUGGUCAUUAUGUGCCUCAACUUGUCGAUCUAAUCCUUAACAACAAGAUGACAAAUCAGACUGUCAUUAAUUUAAGAGGAAUUUUAAUUGGGAAUGCAUUUAUCGACUUUGAGGAUGAGCUCAGAGGUUCGUAUGAGUAUCUGUGGUCACAUGGUCUCAUAUCAGACGAACUUCAUGAUGGAAUUGUCUCAAAUUGCAAUUUUUCUUCCAUAUCAGAAGUCUGUAAUGCAUACAUUGAUCAAGCAGAUGAGGCUAGAGGGAACGUCUUCAUGUACAACAUUUAUGCUCCCUUGUGUUCUAUAUCUUCAAACAUUCCUUCGAUAUCUGGAUUCGAUCCAUGCUCGGAGAAUUAUGUCUACAGCUACUUGAACACUCCUGAAGUGCAGAAAGCCCUUCAUGCCAAUGUCACUGGAAUUUCUGGACCAUGGGAAUCUUGCAAUUUUGAUGUAGGCAUUAACUGGAAGGACAUGCCAGAAACAGUAUUGCCUACCAUUAAGGAGCUGAUGGGUACUGGCAUUAGCAUUUGGCUCUAUAGCGGAGAUACGGACGGAGCAGUGCCAGUAAUAACAACAAAGUAUUCGAUAAACAAACUCGGCCCCUCAGUAAAAACUUCAUGGUACCCAUGGUACGCUGGAGACGAGGUUGGAGGCUAUGCAGUUGAAUACCAAAAUUUUACAUUUGUGACUAUUAGAGGAGCAGGACAUUUUGUUCCAAGUUACCAGCCUGAACGUGCCCUCACUUUCUUCUCAUCCUUCUUAGAGGGAAAGCUUCCUCCACGUCACAACUGACCGGGUAUCGAGAUAUGACUACAACCAUAUAAGUCCUUACUCUUAACAGAUUUGGAGUCGACUCAGCAUAUCAAUAUAAAUAUUAAAAAUAUUUGAUGUUA